AUGGCACCCUCAAAAAAGCCCUCCAAGUCACCUGGCAAAACCACCAAAAUACCCAUCCCACAAUCCACCGACCCCCUCCUCACCCAAGAAAACUUUGAAAAAGAACUCAAAGCUCUCGCCUCCAAGGCAAAGGAAGAAACCACCGCAAAAUGGGCGCGCGAACAAGCUUGGGUCUUGAUCCAAUCCGGCACCCUCCUCUCACUCGCGGCCAUCUACUCAAACGUCUCGCUACUCAGUCUGAGUCCGGUGUAUGGCUCGAUACCGAGUUCAACCUACCAUUCUAAGGGUGUUAUGAGCGCGUGUUUCCUGGGAUGGAGUUUGAACUUGUUUUUGAAAAGGAGGAUUCCUGUUAAGCCGAUUUUGCUGUUGCCGGUUCUGGCGGCGUAUAUUCCUGUUAUUCAAUUCUUCCUUUGCAAAUUCAGCGGGACUUUUGGCGGGAGAUAUGGACCGAUUCUUAUUGAGACUCUGAGUUUCUUGCCGUUGUUGUUUUUGAGCGUGAGUUGUACGGCCACGGUGCUGGAAGAUCUGGAUAUGAACCCCGGACGCUGGCAAUGGCUUUCAGAUGCUACGCCUGGGAUCGCGAGUUAUGCUUUUUAUAAAGCUGUGGAAUUCUAUUCGGGGAAUUACAUUUCUGGAGCGAUUGGAAGUUCGAUUGUGCAUACAAGAAUCGGACUUUCUCUGCUGCUUACGGGGUUAUAUGCGAUUUUCUCGCCCUCGAAAUUGUUGUUGUAUACACUGCCCGCGGUGCUUCAUACGGCGAUUUUCAAUACUCAUCUACCUACGCCAUAUAGUACUGCUUCUCUUAAUGCUGAGUUGCAGCAGAUGGGAUGGUCGUUAGUUGAUCGGCAAGAAUCGCUUACGGGGUAUAUUUCUAUUAUCGAGAGCGCGGAGAAUAGAUUUAGGGUUAUGAGGUGUGAUCAUAGUCUCCUCGGCGGAGAAUGGUUUUCAAGAGAUGAAGGACCAAACGAGCCUAUUUACGGUGUUUUCGUAAUGCUAGAAGCUGUGAGAUUGGUAAAAGUUGAAAUUCCAGCUCCUUAUCGUCAAAAAAGCGCUCUUGUCAUCGGUCUCGGUAUUGGAACCACCCCGGCUGCAUUCAUCGCCCACGGCAUCAACACCACAAUCGUCGAAAUUGACCCCGUCGUCCACAGCUUCGCAACCAAAUACUUCGCCCUGCCAACCACCCACACACCCGUCAUCGAAGACGCAGUCGCCUUCGCAAACCGCACCGCCAGAGCGGGAACCAAAUACGAUUACAUCGUCCACGACGUCUUCACGGGCGGCGCUGAGCCAAUUGAUCUCUUCACGUUGGAAUUUAUCCAGGAUCUCUACGACAUGCUCGAAGAUUGGGGCGUCAUUGCACUCAACUACGCAGGCGACCUCACCCUCCCCCCCUCCCGCAUAAUCACAACCACAAUCCGCACCAUCUUCCCCAGCUGCCGCAUCUUCCGCGAGUCCCCCGCGCCCUCCGCCGCCAAAAUCGCCGACGAAGGCCGCGAUUUCACCAACAUGGUCAUCUUCUGCACCAGGACCCCGGUUGAAGAAAUCGCGUUCGCGUAUCCGACUGCCCCGGAUUUCUUGAACUCGAGGGCCAGAAAGGCGUUUUUGGUGCCCCAGCAUGAGGUGCUGGAUAGUGCGUUCAAGAAAGCGGAGGAGGGCGAGAUGAGGGUGCUUACUAGGGCGAGUAGGGCGGGGUUUGAGGGGUGGCAGAGGGAGAGCGCGUUGGGGCAUUGGGGGGUUAUGAGGGGGGUGUUGCCGCCGAGGGUUUGGGAGAUGUGGUAG